AUGUGGAAACUCUUAGUGAUCACGACACUCCUCAUGGACGUGACGAGACACAGGGUUUCAGCCUUACACAUGUCCUAUGCCCCACAAUAUGAGCAUCCAGGAUAUGCUUUCAGCUACGGUGUCAAAGAUGUCCAUACGGGAGAUGUAAAAUCACAAUGGGAACAUCGAGAUGGGGGUGUUAUUAAGGGUCACUACAGUGUGGUGGAGCCUGAUGGAUCCAUUCGAAUAGUUGACUACACAGCAGAUGCAGCAAAUGGUUUCAAUGCAGUGGUAAAGACUCAAGGACCAAAUGUUCAUCCACAUGAUGAUCCUUCGGGGAAUUCACGAUCAGAAUACGAUCAUCCCAUUUCAACGUACCUGGAGGACGAUGAGUCGUCCCAGUCGAAAAUUAAUCACUACAGCAAGGAUCAAGAGCACAUAAUUUUGAGUUCUGAUCUCAAAGGACGAGACUACGAGAAGAAUCCCGUGGAUUUGGCAAAGACAAUUAAAACAAUCCCACAAUUAAUUGAGCUUCGACCCGAUGGUCCUACCCAGAAUACGCGUGCGUAUGAAUCAAGUGGCGACUAUCGUCCCAUUUACAUCAAUCACGGUGAAUAUGAGCACAAGACACCGCCCGAUCUUUCGCGAUACCGCCAGUACUUUGAAGAUUGGCAGCCAGCAUUUCAUGAGGAGCCUGAAGAGAAGUAUCCCUUCCCACCGGGUGGCGAAAGACCGCGCCUCAAUCAAAUUUACUCACCUGCCUACAAGCCACGUGCUCACGUUAGCAAGCCAAUUGUCUAUGGACCCAAGAAGGAUCCCAGACCCAUUAGAUCGUCCUACUCGACAUCGGGUUUCAAGCACUACUCAUCGAAAUACCGAGCCCCGAGAAUUGAAUACUCCAGCUACUUUAGGACAGUUGAGAAACCCUCACGGCAAGAGGGGCCCGUUCUUUUCCCCGAAGAUACCUACGAACAGAGGGAAGCAUCCUCGAGAAUGAUUCAGACUAUGCUGUCGAAGGACAAAAUGAAGAUCGUGCCAAUCUAUGCGAGAUACAAUUCCGAUUACUAUGCAGCAUAG